AGGGAGGAUCGAUGCUGGGCAGGGGGCAGCGGGGUGCCCCGGCAGCCUGGGACAAGCGCCCAGAGCAACUGAGGGGCAGCGGCAGAAGCAACAGCGGGGGUCAUAGCCCUGGUAAGCAGGGCCAGUUGCUGCCUACUGGCUCCUUUCAGAAGAAGAGGUUGGCAAGAAGGCCUGGCUAUAUGAGGACAGACACCAGGCCCCGGAUAGAAUGCCUUUCUGCUGCAGCUCACCCAUCAUUCAACCUGAAGGAGCUGGGCCAAAGCAAAGAUGGAAUGGCUGAGCUGAAGACCUGUACCAUGGCCAGACUGGGAGACUCGGAUUUGAUAAGACAGGGUUUUGGUUCCUCAAUUGGGAAUCCCAUCCUCAAAGGCAGCAGGGUCAUAGGGCAUAGUAUACCGGGAAAUUUCUGGUCUCAGCCAGGAUCAAGUACCAAACUGACCGACAGUGUAACUGAUCUUACUGAUUCCUCUGCCUCUGUUUGUUUGGGAAGUUUUCCACCCCCACAUAGGCCUGAGGUCCCCCUAGACCCUUGGGAGGUGGUUGAGGGCAUCAGAACUCAGGACCCCUCGGUACAGAAGGAAGCAAACAACUCCUGUGACCACGUAGGCUGCCAGCAGACCCCUACAACCCCACCUAGCCCUCAUGAUGUCUUUAACUCAAGUUUUAGUUUCAUACGGCUCUCUCUGCGAUCUGCUGGGGAGCGAGGAGAGGCUGAAGGUUGCCUCCUCACAAAGGAGGUAGAGCGUACCUGUCAAAGUCCCACAGAUGUAAGAACAGAGAAUACCAAUGUGAAUGAAUCUGUCAAGAGGCAGGGCAGUUCAGGAGCCUGUGAGGACCUGAGGCUUGCUUCUCAGCCUUGCGACUGCAGAUCUGCCCAAGGCCCUGUGGGUACACUCCUGGCCAGCAGUACCCAGCCUGAGAAGGAGGUUUUCUCUUUCACGCAUACUGAUGCAGCCAUCUCCUGUUCUCUGGAUUCUUCCUCCAUUGGCUCUUCAGUUACCUCAGGCUACGAGAGCAGCAUCAUGGCAAGUGACCACAGUUGGGACACCCUGGUCAAGAAAUAUGAGCCGGUGCUGAUGGACUGCCUUCUGAGUAACCGGGCCUUGCUGAAGAUAAAAUCCUUGAUGUUGAAGCUUCAGAAACUUCAGGAAAAAGCAGUUGAAGAAGAUAAUUAUGAUAGAGCUGAAGAAUUAAAACAAAAAUUAGAAAACUUGGAGAAAGAAAAGAGCACCCUAAAAUUUCAGCUUCCUUCAAGGCAUCCAUCCAUUAGCUCAUUUUUGGACCAUUUUGGAGCCCAAGUCCAAUCUGCUCUGCACUGGGCUACACAUGGGGUCAGCAGUGAAGAAACCCAACCCCAGCUUAGAAUGGACACCAACCUCACAGAAUCUGCAGUUCAGGACAGACUCCAGGUUUCUAUCACUAGGAGAGAUUGGCUUCUUCAAGAGAAACAGCAAUUGCAGAAGGAAAUCGAAGGCCUCCAAGCAAGGAUGUCUGUGCUAGAAGCAAAAGAUCAACAAUUAAGACGGGAUAUAGAAGAGCAAGAAAGGUUCAUCCAAUUUCAGGACUGUGAGCUGACUUCCUUGCUGGGCUGUGUGCCCCUGGGAGAACUGCAGGAGGUCAGGAAGGCCUUGGAUGACAUGCUAGCCUUAUCCUAUGAGAUCCCAUUUAGUCUGGAGCUCCCUGGAACUAUGAAGAGCCUCCAAGAGAAGGAACAAUCACUUAGCUUGACCAUUAAAGAAACUACUUCAAAGGUUUGUACAAGUCAGAAACUCUGCAGCUCUCUGAGGAAGAAAGUGAAUGAAAUCGAGACCCAUAUACCAGCCUUGCUUGAAGCCAAAAUGCUUGCUGUUUCAGGGAAUAGUUUCUCUACAGCCAAGGAUCUCACAGAGGAGAUUAGGUCGUUAACAUCUGAGAGAGAAGGGCUGGAGGGCCUGAUCAACAAGCUGCUGGUGCUGAGUGCCAGGAACGUCAGGAAACUGGAGAGAAUUAAAGAAGAUUACAACAGACUGAGACAAGAAAUAGAGCAGGGGGAGACUGCCUAUGAGAACAGUGUUAAGGAACAUACUGUGAAGUACAUGGAAAUACUGGAAGAUAAAUUGCGCAGCUCCAGGAGUCAGCUUCUAGAAAGAGUGUGGGAAGCUGAUUUGGAAGCUUGUCAGCUUUUGAUCCGGGGCUUCCAGCUUCAAGAGGUCAGCAGCUGUGUUUCAGAAGGAGAGGAGAUUCAGAUAGACCGCUUCGAGAUGGCCACCCCUGCUCCUGCCCCUGUCACCUCUCUCCUCCCAAGGCCCACUUCAGAAGACGGACUGAAGCCUUUUUGUCAGCCGGCUGAGGAGUGGCAAGCAACCCUGUACCCCACCAUUCAGGGUGGUGGCUGUGAACAGAAAGAGGAGUCUUACAUUAUUUCUCUAGAACUGAGAGAAAAAUGUGAAGCCAUAAGUGAAAAGUUAUUGUAUUUGGAAGAUCAACUUCAUGCUGCAAUCUAUAGCCAUGAUGAAGGUCUUGUUCAGGCUCUCAAGAGGGAGAUCCAGAUGGUGAAGGAAACUCUGCAGGCCAUGAUUGUGCAGCUUCAGCCAGCAGAGGCUGGAGACUUCCUGUGUGCCAGCUGGUGUCCUGAAAACCCCGGCUGGACAAAUGAUGGGGGAGGUGGGAAAGGAGACGGUUUCACAGUUUCAUAAAUCCCAGUUCCCAGAGGGCUGCUUCAGGUAACUGAGCCCUCUCACACACUAAGCUGGACACACCUCUUUGCAUUCUGCUUAAUGAAUUCUCUCUAAGAACUUACAGAGACUGGAGUCUUAAGGUCAUUCACCAUUGGUAGAGGACUAUACUGAUUCUUAUAGGCUGGCACAGAUCAGGAAAACAGGUUUCCAUGAAGUAUGCAUGGUGACUGGAAUUGGGGAGGCUACAAAUUAAUAGGGUGGCUGGUUUUCCUUUAGAAUGGGAAAUAGAGAUGCCUCAAACCUGUUAUUAACCAUAGUUUCCCUGAUCAGGAUUAAUGAUGUUCAAGUAUUUCCCUUCCACCACCCCCCUCACCUCUCCCUCAGAGAAAGGAAUCCUGACAGACAACUGGUCUCUCCCCCUCCCAUUGCAUUUUCUUGCUUUGUACCAUGCUAAAAAUAUUUUCUCAUAAAAGAGAAAUCGAAACAACAGUCAAUUUUUCCUCACCUGUGCCUGGGCUGCAUUUUCCUGGAGGCACAUUAUAUAAAAGAGAUAAUUAACCUCAGAAUGUUGAGUAGCUUUUCAUCUCAUUUCUUCUGUGACUUACCGAUGACUCACAAGAAUUUAAUACCAUAAACCUAAAAUGUGUUUUUUUCUUUUAAAAUGACAGCAGCCUCUAUUGUGUAAAUGCCUAAUUAUCUUUUACAGAGAUGAUUUCUUGUUUAGCCCUUUUUUUUUCAUGCCUUUGAUUGCUUUUACUACAUUCUAAAAUUCAACUGUAAAGGAUAUAUGCAUUGAAGGGAUUAGAUGAUAUGUGAGUUGACUUUUACAAAAGUCUCAUUUUCUUCCCUGAUCUUUUUCACUGAUUUGUUGGAUAGGAAAUGGAAGUGAAAACCCACACAUAAAUGACACAGUGUUCAAUAACAGCUUUUAGCAUUACAAGUCCAGUGCUCUUCCUUUUGGCAAAAUCAAGAUAGUGUUAAACUCUUGAUAAAGUAUGCAGAAGAGACAUAUCAUACUGACCCAGUUAGGUUAUUCUCAUCCCCAGUCCUCUAACUGAAACAAAAAUGGGACCCCUAAUCAUUGACUGUUUGGCAUAUAGCAAGAAGAAAUUUCAUGCAUUGACUAUGGCUAAAGACCAUAAGCUCCCCCACAAAUUUGAGGUCAGACAUUGUCCUGAGCUCAUACUGGGCCCAAUGCCAUACUGAAGCAAGAAUAUUCUGCAAAUUGAUUUUAUUCUGUUUUGGCUUUUAGUAAUUGUCCUGCCUUGAUUUGAACCUAUUAGCACAUGAAAAGACUUCCAUUCUAAUCCAGAAAAAUGCCUUUACUUAUAUUAACAAUCAGCUUCUGAGAAUAGAAGGCAAAGAGAAAGCAUAAUGUCUGAAUUUGAUGAUUUCUGUUCAUCCUCCUCCUCCUUCUAGGGUAGCUAGGUGCCACAGUGGAUAAAGCACUAGGCCUGGAGUAAGG